AUGACGGCUAGGCGUAGGGCGCCUUCUCUGGUCGGUGCCGGACCAGCAGGACUCAUUUCAGCGCUCUCUUUGGCCCAGAGUGGUAUUCAAGUUCGUAUCAUCGACGAGUCUGAUAGCUUCCAUGUCGGUUCCCGCGGUUUUGGAGUGCAGCCUCGCACCUUUGAACUAUUCCAGCACCUCGGUGUCAUAGGCGACAUCCAGAAGCUGGCGACGCCAAUCCCCACUAUGCGUGCUUAUAAGCUGCCAGGUGGUACUGUUCCCGUCAAAACUUGGGAUUUGUAUAAGAAGAGUAGCGUAUGGCCCGAUCGGCCCUAUGCAAACGGCGCCUGUCUCAGUCAGGAACUGCUAGAAGGCGUUCUUCGUGACCAUCUCGCCAAGUAUGGCGUUUUCGUCGAGCUCAACAAAGGUCUUGUGGCAAUAGAACAAGACACCAAGACUGUCACGGCUACACUUGCUGUUUAUCGAAGCGGCGUACCCACCGAAGAAAAGGAAGAUGUUGUGGCGAAAUUGCUAGGCCUCACAUUUCAAGGCGAAACACGCGAUGCAGAUGGCAUGGUCUGGGGAGACGUCACAAUCAAGGGUUUGACUAGCGAGUUUUGGCAUAUCUGGGGAAAACCCGGUCAUUUUACUAUCAUGGCACGUCCUCUAAGUCCAACAAGCGACAGGUUUGACGUCGGAAUCACAGGGCAGAACUUUGACCCUACUCAUCUCGCUGAUCCAGCGAAGGCUAUCGAAUUUAUUAAAACUGAGACCGGGCGUACUGAUCUCGAGUUUGGCGAGUUUACAUGGCUCUCUCAUUUCAGGCCGAACAUGCGGAUGGUGAACAAAUUUCAAGAGGAACGUGCUUUUGUUGUGGGCGAUUCCGCACACGUCCAUUCUCCCACUGGCGGUCAGGGAAUGAACUGCAGCGUCCAAGACGCGUCAAACCUCGCGUGGAAACUAUCCCUCGUACUCAAAGGCCUCGCGUCCCCCACCCUCCUCUCGACAUACAACGAAGAACGCUUACCCGUUAUCACACAGAUGCUCCACGCUACCACUCGGCUGUACACCCAUACCGUAGCGAAGCAAAAGCCAGUCGCAGAAGAAAAGGACUCGGAGGAUGAAAAGGCUUCUGGAUGGUUCCGGUGGAGGAACCCCGCUCUGGAGAUGUACGGUAUCAAUUACCGGUACAGUAGUAUCGUAUUGGAAGGGCGAGACGCGGAUCCGCAGGAUGCUGAGGACAUCCUGGCGCAUGCGUACUCUGGAUAUGAAGGUCGGGGGUCGUUGCGUGCUGGAGACCGGGCUCCCGAGGCGCCGCUCGGAGGGACGACUUUGUUUAGUUUGUUCAAGCCCACCGUUCAUUCUGUGCUCGUCUUCUCCAAGUGGACUGCGGAUAUAGAGGCGGUUUUGAAGACGCUGCCUCCAGCGGCCGUUCAGACGUUCGUAAUCUCCAAUGCGAAUGAACAGCUGGAGGGUGUUUCUGUGCUCGUCGAUAGCGACGAACAUGCGCGGAAGGCAUAUAUGGUGGAAGGGGAUGUUCUGGUGAUUGUGGUCAUUCGUCCGGACUCUUUUAUUGGUGCUGUGGUCACAGAUGCCGAAGGUAUCGGGAAGUAUUUUUCUAAGAUUUUUGUUUGA